GGAGACAGAAUCAACUUCUGCUCACUUUGCAUUCCGGCUAGAUGGCGGAGCUUUUCCUCAAAACGUUUUAAGUUGGAAACGAUAAAAUAUGUCUUUUAUGUAUAUAACGUUGGUGCAGUUUAUCACGGCACUAUUUACAAUGAAGAAAUCGAGUCUCGUUCAUAUGCCACUCGCGUAAACAUCAUUUAAGCAUCAGCAAACAGGAGGCGCAUCGGGUGGACAGACUGCAGCAUCCACCUGAAAUCUCAUCAGCCUCCGCCUCACUGAGAGCGCCAGAGUGACGGGAACGGAGGACGCGGAGAUUACACCCGAGCGGAGACAGGAGGCUAUGGCAGCCGAUGGAGGAUGCGGGGAAUCGGUGGAUCAUUACCGGGCCGAGGUGCAGAGGCUGACCCGAGAGCUCGCAGAAGCGAACCGGGAGAAGAUCCGGGCUGCGGAAUGCGGUCUGGUGGUGCUGGAGGAGAACCAGACGCUCAAGCAGCAGUACGCGGAGCUGGAGACCGAGCAGGAGGCUCUCAAACAGGAGUUGGAGCAGCUGCAGGAGGCGUUCGGUCAGGCGUACACCAACCAGCGUAAAGUAGCCGAGGAUGGUGAGACAAACGAAGAGACUUUGCUACAGGAAUCUGCUUGCAAAGAGGCCUAUUACAUGGGACGUCUGGUGGACCUUCAAACCCAGCUCAAUGUGAGCAGCUCUGUUGCCUCCAACGCCCAAGCGGAGGCCGAACGUCUCAACGCCCUGCUGCAGGAACUCAGAGAGAAUAAUGAAAUGUUAGAACUACAAAGGAACAGGAUGAGAGAGGAAAUCAGAGAGUAUAAGUUCAGAGAGACCAGACUGCUGCAGGACUACACUGAACUGGAGGAGGAGAACAUCACUCUACAGAAACUAGUGUCAACACUCAAACAGAAUCAGGUGGAAUACGAGGGUCUAAAGCAUGAAAUCAAAGUGCUUGAGGAAGAGACGGUGCUACUCAACAGCCAGCUGGAAGAUGCUUUGCGUUUGAAAGAUAUUUCUGAAGGCCAGUUAGAAGAGGCGUUGGAUGCUCUGAAGAGUGAGAGAGAGCAGAAGAACAAUAUCAGAAAGGAGCUGGCCCAUCAUCUCAGCCUGACGGACAGUGUGUACGGAGCCAGCACCCACCUGGCCAUCUCUGCCGUGGAGGGUUUGAAGUUCGCGGAGGAGGCGGCGACCAAUGGCACGUCAGCGUCCGGUUCUAGCCCCAACAAUGAGGACCGUAACCACUGCAAUGAGUGCAAUGGGCAUGGACCAAAGAUGAACGGAGAAUAUCUCAGAUCUGGAGGCAGGAAGGGAGAGGUGCUGCACCCAGUGUCUGAUCUCUUCAGCGAACUCAACCUGUCUGAGAUACAGAAACUUAAACAACAGCUCCUACAGGUUGAGCGAGAGAAGGCAGUUCUACUUGCCAACCUCCAGGACUCUCAAACUCAACUCCAGCACACGCAGGGCGCUUUAACCGAGCAGCACAAACGCGUUCACCGCCUCACGGAGCGAUUCAACGCUAUGAAGCGCCUCUACAGUGACAAGGAGCUUGACACGGAGGAGUCCGAGAAGAGCGACGAGCCCAUUAACGGUUGCUGCGAUUAUGAAGCAGAGAUCAAUGGAAUGGAGCUUCUGGAAUGCAAAUACAGAGUUGCCGUAACUGAAGUCAUUGACUUGAAGGCGGAGCUUAAGGCUUUGAAGGAAAAAUAUAACCAGUCUGUGGAGAACCAAUCGGAAGAGAGCAACCACAGUGAAGGGAAAGUCCAGGCUCUGGAAGAACAGGUGAAACGGUUGGAGAAAGCUUCACGUGAGGCACGUGACCGGGUUAGCAGUCUGGAAGUGGAGCUCAGAUGUGCUUCCGUUAUGGCUAGUGAAAGUAACGGCAUGCUGAACACAGCUCAGGACGAGCUGGUUACGUUUAGUGAGGAACUUGCUCAGCUCUACCACCAUGUAUGCUUGUGCAACAACGAAACGCCCAACCGCGUCAUGCUGGACUACUACCGUCAGAGCCGGGUUACACGUAGUGGCAGUCUCAAAGGCCCUGAGGACCCAAGAGCACUGCUUUCUCCACGUUUAGCUCGCCGAAUCGCAGCUGCUAACUCCUCAGAUGUUUCCAAGAGUCCUCAAGACUCUCCAUCGAAGGAACCCCUUGGAGAAGGAACUAAAGGUGACGGAGGAAGUCCCAACAAAACCCCUUUUGGUUCUCCAAUCAAUGGUUCAUCUCUCUCACCCUCCCCAGUGCCAGAAACAGGUGAUCUCCGCCGGGAGCCCAUGAACAUCUAUAACCUCAACGCCAUCAUCCGUGAUCAGAUCAAGCACCUGCAGAAAGCCGUGGACCGCUCGCUCCAGCUGUCCAGGCAGAGGGCUGCGGCACGAGAGUUGGCGCCCAUCCUUGAUAAAGACAAAGAGGUCUGCAUGGAGGAGAUCCUAAAACUCAAAUCCCUCCUGAGCACUAAAAGAGAGCAGAUCGCCACCUUACGACUUGUCCUGAAAGCCAACAAACAGACUGCCGAGGUGGCCCUUGCGAACCUGAAGAGUAAAUAUGAAAAUGAGAAGUGCAUGGUGACCGAGACGAUGAUGAAGCUUAGAAAUGAACUAAAGGCCCUUAAGGAAGACGCAGCCACCUUUUCCUCACUAAGGGCAAUGUUUGCCACAAGAUGCGAUGAGUACGUAACCCAGCUGGAUGAGAUGCAGAGGCAGCUGGCUGCCGCAGAAGAUGAAAAGAAGACACUGAACUCCCUCCUGCGAAUGGCCAUUCAGCAGAAACUGGCCCUCACCCAGCGCCUGGAGGACCUGGAGUUUGACCACGAGCAGUCGCACUGUGGCCGUGGAGGGAAAGUGCCAAAAAUUAAGAGCAGCCCUCAAAAAUCUCUCUUAGAUUGUCAGCAGCCUGCUGCCUCAGUACCGCCAACCUCCCCACAACUGAGGCGCGGGAGGGCAUCAACAGGCUACAGUCCUAAUGUGUUGUUAGCCCUUCAAGAGGACCAGAUGACUGCGGUCAACUCUAGACUUCCAUGUGACCCCUUCAACUGUCUGGCCAAUCAUUCUCAUCUUUUCGGCCCUUAACCUCCUGUCGUUGGACUCUAACAGUGACCUAUCCUCACAGAGACUGAUAAAGGGGGCGGGGCACAUCUUGACCUCCAGCCAAUCAGAUGUGUGAUCCCAGAGGGACCCGCCCUAAUUUUCCACCUAGUCACUGAAAUUGGAUGCAUUUGUUCAGUGAUACUUAUUGUGAAAGUAUUAAAUAUCAUCCUGAGUAAGAUGAGAGUAAACGGAAAUGGACUGAUGUAUACUUAUUUAUUUCUAAUUAUUUAUGACUUAAUUUAUUUGUGUUUUUGUUUGUUUAUUUUAAAAUGUGUAUUGUGUCUGAUUAUUUUAAAAUGAAUAUGAUUUUGAUUAUGAAUGCAGUUUAUUAAAAAACACACACUUAAACCAGAAAAAUUAGUAUUAAUUGCAUCAACCCAGGAGUAGUAUUACAUUACACAAGGUGAAAACUAACAUUUUCAAUCUUUGACGUACAAAAAACGUGUUACAUGAUAGAAAGACGUGUUUGAAAAGUUGAAGAGAGGUGAAUGGAUUAUUGAGAGACGUACAUAUAAUUUUCAACAAGUAGAAACAAUUUUCAAUAUGAUAUUUGAGUGACCUUUGACCUUCAAGCUCCUGAGGUUUUGGAUACAAUCGACUUUAGCAAAUCUCUAACGUCAUUGCACAUGGAAUUUGUUUCUUUGUCCUUUUUUUUUAUUGCAAUGCAUAAAGAUUAUAUUUUAUACCUGAAUUCUCUUUUUUAUUGCAGAAGUGAUGUCAGAUAUGUCUUUGAGGAUUGAGUGGAAAUGUAGACCUAUUUCAGUGCCCCCUGGGCAAAAAUCAUGUUUGAGGGAGUGGAGUUAAAGCUUGAGUGAGGCUUGAUCCCAAAGCUAAAUUUGAACAUGAAGUAGGUUUAAUAUUCUCAGAUCUGCUCCAAAAACAGCAUACGAGCCCUAUUUACUGUAGCCCAUAUUUACUAUAGAAAUUCGUUUUCGUUCUCAUUUUAACCUUAUAUGAAGCACAAACACAUUUAUCUAUGCAUUUUGAAGCAGGCACAGGAUCAUUUUCAUGUGAUUGGGUCAUCUGUCCUCCAAUCACAUUGUGAUUUGUACCAGCAGGGCAUGGAGAAAUAUCAGAUGUCAUUGUUUUUAUACAGCAGCAAACCACAAAAAUACAUUUUCCGUCUCCUUGAUUGGCUUAAAGGUUAUUGAUGGGUCUAGAUGAAAAAUCCAUCAGACACUUCUCAAAGCAUAACUGUAUCCAUUGUGGAAGGAGAACAAAGCGUAGUCUGUUUAAUGACAUGCAAAGAAGGAUAUAAGAUCAAUGGUUUCAUUCACAAUCUCUUUUAGCUCCCAGUUCUCGGUUUCUGUUCAGUCUAACCCGUUCAUUUGGCGUUUUAGGUUAUAUUUGUUUCUUACUGAGCAUUUCCAAUGAGAGGAGGAGUUUCGGUUUUAUUAACAACACAUUGUGGUAGAUUUGUUGCCUCUGAAGUGAAUUUACUGAAUAACACCCACAAUGUCACAUGGUGUGUAUUGGUGAAAGCAUGAUCUUGCCGCAGGAUAUUUUUAAGUGUAUACAGUCAUAAGCCACAUACUUUUUUGUGAAAUAAAACUGAAAACAACA